GCCCUCGCCCGCCCGCCGUCGCCCAGUGCUCCGGUGCUUCGCUUGCUAGCAGGAAAUCGCUGUCCCUACGCCCACGCCCGCACGCCCAUCCCCGCCCCCAUGAAGAGAUUUGUGCUUCUCCUGUGUCUCGGCUUUGCUUCGGCCCUGGACUGCACGGGCGACGAGAUCGCGUGCACGAGCGGCGAGAGAUGCGUCCCCUACCGGUACCUGUGCGACUCCGAUAACGACUGCGCUGAUGGCUCGGAUGAGAGUCCGGACCUCUGCUUGGCCUGGCGGAACACGCAGUGCGAGAAGGGCCAGGCACAGUGCCACGCCAACGGAGACGAUCAGUGCAUAAGCAUCGAGGCCUAUUGCCACCGAACUCAGCCUGCCUGCGAUGGAUCUCUCGACCGCCGCAUCUGCUCCAUCAUAAAGAACAAGAGCUUGGUUCCCCUGAGCUCCAUCCGGCUGCCUCCCUCCAACGACCCCGGCGUUGCGUACAACAAGAGCGUCGAACUUGGCUCCGAACUCCGCCUCAACCUGAACAGCACUCUCAGCCACCCAGACUGCCCGCGCUUCUAUACCCGGGUCGGCGGGCAGUGCCUCUCCGUGUUCUAUGUUGGCAGCUCGAGCUGGGGCGAGGCGCGGUCGUUCUGCAAGCACAUAGGCGGCGAUCUGCUCAGCAUCCAAAAUGUCAACCAUUAUGUCGAUCUCGUCAACCAUCUUGUCGAUAACCGCAUCACCAGCGACUUCUGGCUCGGCGGGAGGUACGAGGUGGACGACCUGAGCUGGACGUGGCUCGACGGGACCCCGAUGCCCCGCGGGACGCCCUUCUGGAGCCUCAGACGGUACGACUCCUGCAACCCGCGCAACGUGACGCUGACGGGGACGUCCGAGGUGCGAGAGGCGAACAAUGGCGAGUGCUACCACUACACGCAGGCGCCCGAGAACCCUCCGAAGGGCUUCUGCGCAGCCAUCACCUACGACAAGCACUUCUACAUGAGCGACGAGGACUGCCUGGCCGACAUGAGCCCCCUCUGCGUCACCGCUGUCUAAGAAAAGAACUCCUGCUCAUUUUUCCUUUCCCUCAAGAGGCCGAGAAUCUUUAAAAUUCACUUGCCGGGAAUGCACGAAGUUUGAAGGUUAAGAAAAAUGAAUUCAAUGCUUAAUGUAUAAUCAAAACGUAAAAGACGGGACUGAGAGGCGUGGUCAAAGGAGGUUUUUCUUUGGUUUUAUUUUACGAAGGAAAGAAGUUUUGGGACGCCCCGCCCCCAUGCUGGUGCGGAGGGUCGCCACUGAAUGUACCGCUCACCCUGUGUAUGUCUGUGCACGCAGUACUUUCACUAUGCACUUGCAAAUAAAAGAUUGUGGAAUG